AUGGGCACUCAAAUAAUAGGGGAACGAACGAGUGGUGACCUUAGUGUGAUAGUUGUGGACGAAAAUCUAUGCCAUGCCAACACUGCAAGUUGCAUGCUUGCCAACCUCCAAUUUCAAGUGGUUGUAUAUGCGAGUCCUGUUGAUGCACUCAAGUUUCUUAAGGAUCACGAAAGACAUACUGAUUUUGCAUUAGUGGAAGUCAACAUGAAAGAGAUGCAUGGUUUUCAGUUCCUUGACAUAUCCAGGGAGUUGCACAAAAACCUUCAAGUGAUCAUGAUGUCAGCUGAUACGACAUGGCCCACGAUGAAGAGAAGCGUCGAGCUUGGUGCAUGUUUUUUGAUUAAAAAGCCUCUUGAUGCAAAUACGAUAAAUAACCUGUGGCAACAUCUUGACCUAAAAUUUCAACGGACCAACAAGAUUAAGGACUUAUUCCCAGGUAUUGAAGGAAAAAUGGGGAAUGCAUUUGGGGAAGGUACCAAACAGAAGGCAACUCACCUGAUGUGGACACCAUUUCUGCAGAGGAAGUUUUUGCAAGCUGUUGAACUACUUGGGGAAGCCGCAACUCCAAAGAAGAUACAGUUGCUCAUGAAUGUAAACUCCAUUGGUCGCAAACAAAUUUCUGCUCAUCUUCAGAAACACCGAAAGAAGAUUGAGAAGGAACUACGUAAUUCAAAUGCAAACAAGUCCAGCCAUGGCACCCUGAAUUCACAGCCUUUAAGGAUUUGUGGAAUAGGCCAUAACACAUUCCAAUACAAUCCCGACAUCCAACCAGAAGAUAGAUCUGAUGAAGUUGUGUCCUUGGAUCAUACAGAAAUCAUUGAGGAAACACAAAGCAACAUGUUGUAUGAAGCAAUGCGGAGAGCCUUGCAGCUUGGGACUGUUUUCGAGGAAUCGCAGUUGCCCAAUGAUCCUUCUGGCAAAGAUGCAGGAAAAGUUGAAAUAGACAUGAUGAGGGAUGGUAAUUAUCGAGAUGCUGGGACAUAUGCAUUUGGUGAUAAAAAUGAAGUAUAUGAAACUCACAAUGCAGAUGAUAACGCGAAGGUCAUGGGCAAGGAUGAUUCUGACAAGCUGGAUUCUUAUGGCGAUGAGCUGCGACCAGUUGUGACGCUUGUGACCUAUUCGGACUCAGAAGAAGGUGAAACGCUCUAG